AAUGGCAGCGAAAACAAAGCUCCUGUGCAUGGAGGCGUGACCUUAUCAGUAGUGUCUCCUGUCAGUCGUGUGAAUGAGUCACAAAAUACAGCAACUCGUCUUCCAACUGUGUUCAAUCACCCUCCUCCCGCAAACCCAUCGCUGGUUGUGCAGACUCUUCCAACCCCUUCUACAACUAUGCCAUCAGUCACGCAGCCCCAGGCUUCACCGUUAUCUGUCGUGCCACAGACUUCCCACUUCCCGGUCACUACAACUGUAGCAAGUCGCACAUCUCCAUUGGCAGUACAGGUAACCAACUUUUCUCCAAGAAGUCGAUGGGAUGCUCCUCCACCUGUGUUACCGAAUUUCUCCGUUCCACCUCCUUCUCUUGUGACGCCGAACUUGUACGCUCCCAACGUCGUCACAAUGCCACCACCCAUGAUUCCUUUGAUACCAAACACUUCGAUUCCUCCGCCGAAUGUUCCUCCACCUGGAUGGCCUCACCAUCUUGGUUGA